UGUGUGUUUUGCCCGGCUACACAUCUCAGGUCCUGCGCAGUGCUCGCGCUGAAGAAGGGUGCGCGCGCAGCGGGAUGCAGAAGGAGUGGCGCGCGCAAAUGUUGCAGACAUAGUUUAUAGGCACGGUAUAAUCCGGAUUCAGGAGCAGCGGCUGUAUUUUACCUGUGAGCGUCCGUGCAAUGAUUCGAUGAGCCGUCAAUGGACGUGACUCUGUGAUCUAGGAUACAAGGCAAGAGACUUGCAUUCCGACAGGGCGGUGGGUGUUGGUCGCCAGCUGCAAAUAUGGGCACGGUGCUCUCCAUUUCUCCUACCUCUAAGAAAGGGGGCAUUCUGGAUGAAAAGCCGGAGAUUGCGCACGGUGCCAGUGGCAAGGCUGAGAAAACCCUAAAGCGCCAUUCGGUUCUUAUAUCAGCCCUGACGUGGAAGAGGUUGGUAGCGGCGUCGGCAAAAAAGAAGAGUGCCAAAAAAGUGAACCCCAAUCCACCUCAGAUCAGCAAUCCGGUGGAUCAGCUUAAUACAGAAAAUCUAAAGAAAUCGCAGUCGGGAUCCGAGCGCAAAAAGCAAGGACCGUUAGCCGUUCCAGUUCCAACAGUUCCAGAUAAAAGCUGCCAGAAUGGAACACAAAAUGCCAAGCAGCUCCUCCCGGUGCAAAGGCAAUCCAGCACCAGGUCGAUCAUCUCCCCACGCAGGGUGAUAGUCCAGGCUUCCACGGGAGAACUCCUGCGCUGUCUGAGCGACUUCAUGUGCCGCAGGUGCUACAAGCUGAAAGAGCUCAGCCCCAACGAGAUCAUCCUAUGGUUCCGCAACGUGGAUCGUUCUCUCCUGAUCCAAGGCUGGCAAGACCAGGGCUUCAUCACGCCUGCCAACCUGGUUUUCGUCUAUCUGCUGUGUCGGGAAGCCGUGACCGAGGACAUCAGCAGUGAGUUCGAGCUGCAGGCCACCUUCCUCACCUGCUUGUACCUGGCCUACUCGUACAUGGGCAACGAGAUCUCGUACCCUCUAAAACCGUUCCUGGUGGAGACCAACAAGGAGGUGUUCUGGGAGCGCUCGCUGCGCAUCAUUGAUAAAAUGAGCGCCCAGAUGCUGCAGAUCAAUGCCGAUCCGCACUUCUUUACCGAGGUCUUCCAGGACCUGAAAAACCAAGGAGGCCCCAAGGACACCAAUGCCAAAUGGACAAGCACUUUGGAUCGCUAGGGUACAGAGUUUAUUUUAAACAGAUCUUAGACAAAUCCUGUCCAUAAAGGCUGAAUUGAAUGUAAGGCCCAGAUCGGGUGAAGGCGUGAGGUGUCACGCUGCGUACUGCUGCCGUAGAAUGAAAAUGGACCGAGGGGUGAGCUUCGCCUCCAAGACAGAGGAUUCAUGUUAUUUUAUCUGUAUAAUACUUUGCCCCAGAGGGACACGACUCUUAGUUUAUUUAAUGCAUGCUUAAAAUAUUCUUCUUGUAUCUUCAUUGUGGCUUUAAAUGAAGAAAAAAUAAUGCCGGGUUACAGUGAGGGUUGUAUACAGUGUUAGCUAGUGCGUCCGUGUUCAGAGCUUUUAUUUCUGUAUCGAGAGAGCAGAAGCAAUGUUGUCACCGACGCUGAGCUGUCCGUGGUGCUGGUCUUCAACACGCACGCGCACACGCACACACACACACACACACACACACACACACACACACACUUCACAGGUAUGCUAUCUAUUUAAACGUUGAAUGUACCUAUUUUGCAACAGAUCUGAAUCUCUACAGUCCAAUGUGCCAAUUGUUAUAGUAUAAAACGUAAUGUUUUAUAUUGUAUAUUUAAAAAUAUAUGAAUAACAAAUACAA